UUUUUUUUUUCCUUUCUUUGUGUUCCCAUCUUACUUUUUUAUUUUUUUUUCUUCUUUAUCUAUUACAACUUGCUCAAUUAUAUCAUCAUUUCAUUCUUUAUCGGACACUCAAAACCAAACGCUUUCCUUUUUGGUUUAAAGAAACAUUUUAUAUAAAUUAGAAAGAAUAAAAAGUUUUUCUCUCUUUUUUUAUUAUUUUUUUUUAUAUUUUAUCCGGUCAAAGUAUGAAAUUUGGGGAAGAACUGAAUAUGAAGAUUCAUAAACCAUGGCAACAUUUAUACGUUCAAUACAAUGAACUCUCGGGGAAAUUGGAAAGAAAAUCACAAAGCGAAUGGACUGAACAGGAUGAACGUGAUUUUUUGAUGACUUUUCAACAAGAAUUAAGCAAAGUUUAUAAUUUUGUCAAUGGAUGUAUGAUUGAACUCACUCAUCGAGUGGAACAAACUGAAAAUAAAAUCAAUGAUCUCAAAUCACAACAACAACAACAACAACAUUGGAUGAACAAAUACGAUACUCUGGCUGAUAUAUUAACGGAAAUCUUAUUUGAUAUCAACGAUAUUUCCAAAUACCAUCAACUCAAUACAACUGCGCUUGAUAAACUGGCAAAACAACAUGACAAACAAACUCAAUUAGACCUUUGUACGAAAUACCAUGGAACUCUUUUGACAAAAUGGCCGUUGGAUAAGAUACAUUUUGAUGUCUUGAUUGUACGGAUAUCCAAUAUGCAAGAUAUUUGUCGAUUACAAGGUCAUCCUCGACCAAAACAAGCUUAUAGUCAAGGUGAAGAUCAAACAGCUUUUGAACGUGCAACUGCAAAAUAUUGGAUUCAUCCUGACAACAUCACCGAAGUCAAAUCAAUCAUCCUUAUGUAUUUACCAAUUCAUGUCUUCAAUCAACGAAAACCUUACGAACAAUCCGAUGCUGCUGUUUCCAGUGUUUAUUUUGAUAAUCCCAAUUACGAUCUUUACUCAGAACGACUACAACGAGAAGAAGGUGCAGAAGCUAUUCGUUUUCGAUGGUAUGGUCAAUCAACAAAUGAUAUCUAUGUAGAGCGCAAAACUCAUCAUGCUCCUUGGCUUAAUGGCAAUUCGGUGAAGGAUCGAUUUAGACUCAAGGAUACACAAAUCAAUGCUUUUAUACAAGGUCGUUACACUCCUGAUGACUUGAUCAAGGAUCUUAGAGCAAAAGCAAAACUAGAUAACGAUGCUAUUGAACAAAAUGCCUUCAUCGCUCGUGGUAUACAACAUUCUAUACAACAUCGUCAUCUCAAACCUAUGUGUCGUGUAUUCUAUAAUCGGACAGCUUUCCAACUACCUGGUGAUCAACGACUACGGAUUUCUCUGGAUCACAAUCUGACUUUUAUUCGAGAAGAUCAUCUGGAUGGCCAUCCACGCCGUCGAACGUAUGUCAAUGGAGUAGAGCAAGAACAAUGGCGACGAUUGGAUGUGGGUGUAGAUUAUCCCUUUCGACAUAUUUCUCCUUCAAGUGAUAUUCUUCGAUUUCCCUAUGCUGUACUAGAAACUAAACUACAACAUCAUCUGGGUCAAGAAACACCACCAUGGUUGGAAAAACUCCUCAGUAGUCAUCUGGUACAUGAAGUGCCUCGAUUCUCCAAAUAUUUACAUGGUGCUUCUCAACUCUACAAAGAUUCCGUGCCCAUUUUACCUUGGUGGAUAAGUGAAUUAGAAAAAGAUAUUCGGAAACAACCUAUGGCCAAUAUUGGAUUAUCAAGAUCUCUCAGUCUUAAACCUUUAUUCAAUGGUCAUCAUCGUCGUUCACUUGAUCAACAACAACAACAAAAGAAUGUACCUUAUAUUGCCAUUAAUUUAUCUGAUCCAACUCAACCAUCUGAAAAACAUUCAACAGGUCGACGUGAUUUAAUAUCAAGAUUAUGGGCUGGUAGAGGAUUAUCAUACAAUCAUAGUAAAAAGGCCAGUGGCCUUCCUCGGUUGGAAGAUGAUGAAGAAAAGACAAUGGCAAGGCAACGAUUACCUCGAUUGGUGGCUCAAGCAAAGAAGAUGGAUCCCAAGGCCUUUUUUGCAAAUGAACGGACAUUUAUUUCUUGGUUACAAUUUUGUGCUUUGAUCUUGACCGUAGCUUUGAAUCUAUUAAAUUAUGGUGAUCAUAUUUCUCGUUUUGUUGGUGCUAUUUUUAUUAUCCUUGCCUCUCUUAUAUCAAUUUAUGCUCUUAUUCGAUUCCAAAUACGUGCUUACCAAAUGAGGACAGGACGACAUCUUUUACGUAUAGACGAUAUCUAUGGACCAGCCGUUUUAUGUAUUCUUUUGGUAUCUGCAUUAGUGAUCAACUUUUAUUUACGAGCUCCUUUAUUGGCCCAAUCGGAUGAUUCUGGAUAAUAGACUAGUCCCCUUAUUAUUAUUAUUAUUAUUAUUAUUAUUAU